UUAAUUUAGAUAGGAAUAUGACAAAAUUAUGAUUAAUGGUAUUAUUUAAUAAGUUAAUUUUGAGGGAAAAAAAACAUAUUUUCCAAAUCCCGGAACUUCGUUUUCUACAUUUAGUAACACUAUUCCUGUUCCGGAAGUAUCGUUCUUAUGGUUCCAGUUAACGAAAAUUAAUCAUUUAUAGAUGGAUAUUAUCAUAAUGCAACGAUAUCAGUGUAAAGUUGACAUGUUAUUCUAAAAACAAGUAUCUUCUCUUCAGCCAAGUUUAUGACAACCACAAUUCACUCGUCAUAGAGUGUUGAGCAACGAUGCGACCAUGAGCAGGCUGUGGAUACUAGUUUACAUGUUGGGACCACUGCCUGUACUGUCACCAGUCGUGAGUGGAAGUCUUUCGGCUGUGAAUCCGUCGGAUAUAGAAGCCCCUCCACGGUAUCCCAACCCCGACUUACCCGAUAUAGUGUGUCUGAUGUGCUCACCUGGGACGUACUUACAGAGACACUGUACACACAACUUAACCAACUCCGUAUGUAAGGAGUGCGAGGUUGGCAAAUUCUCCAUCAACUACAACAGAGCAGAGUCAUGUGAGACUUGUCGCACAGAAGAGAAAGGCUGCCCUAUACGUAACGCUCAUCUUGUAAUUUCCUGUAACUCCACAACAAACAAUUUUUGUGUUUGUAAUACUGGUUAUUACUAUCAUUCAAAAUCUCAAAAUCCAAUGACACAGUAUGAGGGUGAUUGUAUACUGCACAGUCGAUGUCCAGUCGGAGAAGGGGUAAAAGUUCGCGGUUCAGCAAACAAUGACACAAAGUGUGAAUCAUGUCCGGUUGGAACAUUUUCUGAUGAAGAAUCUACUACAGCAGCAUGUCGUAGUUAUCAAAACUGUUCAGCAGGAACUGUACCGGUCGGCGGGACAAGAAAGACUGAUGUUUCUUGUAAACCUAAAGGUUCGGAGGACAACAACCCUCCUGUGGCAGCCAUUGUAAUCCCAAUACUUGUUGUUAUUUGUGUCAUCGCCUUUAUCGGGAUAAUCAUUUAUAUCCGGAAGAGGAAGAAGAAGAAAGAUACGAAGAAGACUAACAGCCCUGAUGGUAAUACGGACACCCAAAAUGGAUCGUAUACGUCCAUUCCUGCAGCAGAAGCACCAUCAGAAGCACAACCAGAAGCACCAUCAGAAGCACGACCAGAAGCACCAUCAGAAGCACGACCAGAAGCACCAUCAGAAGCACGACCAGAAGCAGCACCACCAGAAGCACCAUCAGAAGCACCAUCAGAACCUCCUGCAUCCCUGCCCAGUAAUGGUGUAGAUACCACAGAACCUAAGCCCCGCCCGAAGGUACCAUGGGAUGAAGUGAAUCGGUUUUUGUCUGCUAAGCUUUGUGGUACUCAAGAUUACAGAAUGGCUUUACGGUCAAUCAUGAGCCAGUCAAAGUACCAAUAUGGAGAGGCCCUGAUCACCGAACACACUACGAACAAUCCCAAAGAUGUAAAGGAGAUGAUCUACCAGGUCCUCUGUGACUGGACCAAGAAGUCCCGACGCCCUACACUGGACAAUGUCAUCAAGGGACUCGAAGAACAGAACAUGCACAUGAUUGUCACUGAACUAAAGCAGCACAAGUCGGUGAAACCCUUUCUAGAUGAUGAGCAGGCUACAAGUUAAAACAUUGGCUGGGAAACUUCAGCAGUUGACUUUAUCGAAAAGUAUUGUGUUUGAAGACGACUGUUAUGAGGAUGUGAAUGAUCGGACACUGAGCCAGCGUUGGUUGUUAUGUACAAUCACAGAUUAUUCAUGAUUGUACAUUAAUGAAGUGGGAUUUUUACAUGCUUGUAACUUAAAAGGUAGAAAGUUUAUCCCAUAGUACAAUGGACUAAACUCUAAAAGGAUUAAUGGCCUUGGGUUGUACCCCAAUUGGACAGAAAUGGUGUCAUGCCAAAGGGCCAAUCUACAAUACAGUAAGGGUUGUUAGGGGACUGUGAAGCCUUUACUCAGAGGCACAGAAGGGGAUGUAACGUGAGAGGGAAAGUUUAACCUAAACAGCAAUAAAAAUGUUGCUGAAUGCCAUGAAAUGGUUGUAUUAUCACAAGGAUGGAUUUUCUAUCCUGAAAAAUGUUGUGAGUGAAUUUCGUCGACCAGUCCUUGCUCAAAAACCUUCACUGUGUGUUUCUGGUAUAAAACGUGGUUUAAAGGGACAUGUGUGACGUGAGAAUGAGAAGCCUUACCCAUGUAGUAGGGUAAUUAAUUAUGUAUGUUUGAUGUGAAAUGGCAACUCGUAAGCUCAUCACUGUCAGGCAGUUAAACACACACAAAUCUUUUCUGAGGAUAAUUUUGUUAAUGUUUGAGAAUUAUUCACUUACACCUAUUUUCAAAAAUAAUGGCGGUGGUGGUGGGGUGGAAAAUCUAGGCAUCCCGAAUAAAAUUUUCAUUGUGUGAUGAGAAGUGACAGGCCCGUAUCAUACAGAAUUAUAACUAGAUACCACUAGCCCUCCACGCGGGUUUGAGACCUACAUGGGGCAGUCGCCAGUUACUGGCCUUAGGUCGGUGUUUUUUUUCCAGGAACUCAAGCUUUCCUCCGCCACCAAAGCCUUAUAUUACACGUCCUUAAAUGACCAUAUAUAGCUGUUAAUAGGACGUAAAACACAAACAAACCAAACCAAGUCAUACAGAAUUAAACCGGUGCUCUCAUUACCUAUUGCACUCAUAUAUACUGUAUCCUCACUCUCACUCCUACCCUAGAUGGUAGUGCUCUUGAGUGAACACAACUGUAAAUCAAAAUUUGAUAACAUUUUUUUAUAUUUUCAUUACUGAGUUACAUCCCUUGGACAUUUUCAUUUCAAUGUCUUUGGAUUUUUUGUAAAUUGGCAAAGUGAAAGUACAGUUGGUGUAUUUUAUUUGCCACCUUUGCAAAGGUAAAAUACAUGUUAUGUAAAUGUGUAUGAAGGAAGGGAUUUUUGAUUGGGUUAUUAAAAAGGGUAUAUCUUUGUGAGCUUGCUUACACUUUCCCUUGACUAGUUUUAAAUUAACUUUCUUGUCAAUAUUUGAGGUUCUCUUUAUGUCCUUAGAUAACCUUUGCUGUUAAUAGGAUGUAAAACAAAGUGAAACCAAGGUUUAUUACGUAUUUUUGAAUUGUAAUUAAUUCAACCUGUAAAAUGUUUUGAUAGAUGAAGUAAAUAACAAUCAUGUUUUAAUGGCUCAAAGUCAAGAUUUAAAUAUCCUCUUAAAAUGUUAUAGAAAUUCUUACUCCAUGUCACUCAUUCAUAGUGAUUUUGUGGAAAACAGUUGUUUUCUUACUGUAUAUGAGUUACCUCCCUUUCUAAUAAAUAUCAGAAACGGAAUCUUGUGUGUAAAAAUUCAACUCAGUCUAACUUAGAUGUAUAAAAUAUGUCUAAAUUUCAGUAUGUAGAAAAAUCUGAUCUUUGAUUGUAGAAAAUUCUAAACAUCUCAAGGGUGUUAUUACUUAGUAUCUGUCAAACUAAUACGAAUAAAAUGACAUUUUGAAAAAGUAUACAAAGUCCUGCAAGAAUUUUGAAUUAGA